GCCACGCUGGUCGGCGGGCUGGUGCCGCCGCGGGAGCCCACCACGGCGGCAGAAGCCUUCUGGAAAAUGCCGCAUAAAGACGAGCUGAUGCACAGCGCCGCGAUGGGCAGCGGCGCGCUGUUCGGCUGCUCGUCUGCAGGGCAUAGCGGCAUCAACCAGCUCGGCGGCGUCUACGUCAACGGCCGGCCGCUGCCCGACUCAACGCGGCAGAAGAUCGUCGAGCUGGCGCAUUCAGGAGCAAGACCCUGCGACAUCAGCCGUAUCCUCCAAGUCUCCAAUGGAUGUGUCUCCAAGAUACUUGGCAGCUUCGCACGCAGAUAUUACGAGACGGGGUCGAUAAAGCCCCGCGCUAUCGGAGGUUCUAAGCCGCGGGUGGCGACAACACCGGUGGUGCAGAAGAUCGCCGAUUACAAGCGCGAGUGUCCCUCAAUCUUCGCCUGGGAGAUCAGGGACCGCCUGCUCAGCGAGAACGUGUGCAAUAACGACAACAUACCGAGCGUCUCAUCAAUAAAUCGAGUGUUACGGAACCUCGCGUCGCAGAAGGAGCAAGCUGCGUCCGCGCAGAACGACAGCGUGUACGAGAAACUGAGGAUGUUCAACGGCCAGGCGGCGAGCGGAUGGUGGUACCCUGGUCUUCCGGCGCCCGCGCCUGCGAUACCCCCGCCACUGCCGCCGCAGCUCAACAGGACAACGGAGGAACAUAAAAGAGUGGAACCACUACAAUCUGAAGCGGGUUCUGAUGGCAACAGCGAGCACGCGUCCUCCGGCGACGAAGAUUCGCAGAUGAGGUUGCGAUUGAAGAGGAAACUGCAACGAAACCGGACAUCAUUCACCAACGACCAGAUAGACAGCUUGGAGAAAGAAUUCGAGCGAACGCAUUAUCCUGACGUGUUCGCGCGGGAGAGGCUCGCUGAAAAGAUCGGAUUGCCUGAGGCACGUAUCCAGGUGUGGUUUUCGAACCGUCGUGCGAAGUGGCGGCGGGAGGAGAAGCUACGCAGUCAGCGGCGAGAACCAACUAAAUAUCGUCAUUUCUGUUGUCAUUUAAUAUCAGCAGCCCAGAUAACUUUGUAUGAUACAUCCAGUGUGUUUGGUUCCUACAGUUCGAUGUCGGGUGGCCUGUCAUCGUCGUGUUUGCAGCAGCGUGAUGGCGGCUACCCGUACAUGUUCGGCGACGUGCUCGGCGGCGGCUACUCGCGCGCGCCCGCCGCGCACCAACAGCACGCCGGCUAUUCGCAGCCGCAGCCCGCCGCUAGCACGGGUGUGAUAUCGGCGGGCGUGAGCGUGCCCGUGCAGAUCCCGUCUCAAGGGCCGGACCUCGCGUCGAACUACUGGGGCCGGCUUCAGUGAUCUCAGCUAUUCGGGUUCCCGCAUCGACUGCUCUCGAUGGCUGAGAACCCGAACAUACCGGAGUCUCCAUCUAGCGGAGAGAUAGCGCACAACUACGCCGACUCCCAUUUGUCUAUGACCGCCGCGCUCAACAUGACAGCCGGACACGACGCCGGCGCCGCCCUGGCGGGAGACUUGCAGCACGAGCAGAACUCCGUGUCGUAAGUGUUUAGUGUUUCAGACUCUAUCGUUAUUACACGCAAUAUAAACCCAGUGAUUUCUUUUCUCGCAACGUUUAAAUGGUGCAAAUUAUAAUUUGUGUAAUAGGUUUCAAAUCUAUAAUAAUACCAGUUAAUUGUAAGAAGCAACUGAUGAUGUUCAAACCUAGCAGUAAGUCAUAAAAUCAAGUACAAGGAAACAUGUUGCGUACAGCCAUAUUAAAUAAUACGUUUCUGAUAAUUAUUUGCUUACAAUAAUGUAAAUAAAACGAUUAGCUUCGUAUUUCCUUGUGUAUGGUUGAUAGAUUUUAAAGCAAUUGUAAAUAUAGUUAAGCGCCAUCUAUUGUUGAGUAGGAAAAGUUUCCAUGGCAAUUGUCCGACGUGUUUGGAGUGAAAAUGAAUGUAAAUCGUUUGUGCCAACGUUUGUAAUAAUUGAGUGUUACACCCUUAGCAAGCACAACCCUUUUAUUUCUUUGAUCUAUGCAAUGGGGGUGAGAAAUAUUAAUGCUGCAGGGAAACGUGGCGAAGCUUCGUUAUGGCGAUUUGUCGGCGACGCCGCGUCCCUACUGUCAAUCAUGUUUAUAUUUCUUGUAUAAUGUACUAAUUGAUGUAUUUGCAAUUUUAUUAUGGCACAUUACUUUCGAUACUAUUUAUGUUAUUUAUUAUAAAUACUAAAGAGAUCAAUAUUGCUGUGAUUAAGUAGUUUUAUUUUUACUGAAGAUAUUCAAAGGAAUUUGUAAAUAUAUCUUUUAAGUGUUUGGAUAUAGAGAAUUGUAUUAAUUUCGUGGAUUGUAAAUUGUAAAUUUGUCAAAUAAAUUAAUUUGAUACACACUGAUCUCUAAAUGGAUAGGUCUUUAAGAAAUUAGUUCCGAAAACGCCUGUUACUAGCAGUUCAAUUGUUAGUUCCAAUUAUGACCACCGUCAUCACCGCUACCAUCAGCGCCAAAAAGGAAACAGACAGGCAUAAAUACUAUAGCCUGUCCAUGUAUAGAGAUCAGUGUAUCUACGUUUAUAAUGCUGGUUUCACAGCAUAAAUGUACAACUGCAAUGGUAUGCAAUACGACGGCGUAGAAAUGUAUGUAAUAAGUGUAAAAUAAAUUAUUAAUCGAUUGUAAGAUGCAUAUAGAAUGAGGAGAUUA